AAGUCCGUAGCUAUCGCGUUUCAGGCCUCGAAGUUUUCAGAAUCUUCGGCUGUCUUCCACACUCACAAUCUAGACAAGCGAUGGCGGCACCCGCGAAUGGGAAACUGCACUGGGCGCUCGCGGCCUCUGGGCUGGGAAACCUCGCCCUCGCCGGCCUGCUUCUGCCCUGGAAGCGGAAGGCCACACGGAGGAGGCCACCCGCGAGGCCGCGGCGCCAGUGCCCGACCUCCGGCCGCCUGGCCGCGUCCAUCUUCGUAAUGCUGCAGCUGGACUGGAUGUCCGACGAUGGCAUGUCCCUGCGGGACGAGGCCUCGCUGCGGCUGCAGCUCUCGAAGCUCAAGACGGCCGGCGUGCGCGGGGUCAUGGCCGACGUGUGGUGGGGGCUCUGCGAGCCGCAGCCCCGGCAGUACCGCUUCGGCGCCGUGAAGGGGCUCUGCGGCCUGCUGCGCUCCGUGGGGCUCGAGCUUCAGGCCGUGAUGUCCUUCCACAUGUGCGGCGGCAACGUCGGCGACGCCGUGACCGUGCCGCUCCCGUCGUGGGCACUGGGGCCCGCGCGGGAGCGGGGGCUGCUGUACCAGGGGGAGCACGGCGUCGUGUCGGAGGACUGCCUCUCGCUCUCGGCCGACGAGGAGGCCAUCUUUGACGACGGGGCGGGGCAGAAGCGCACGGCCCUGCGUUGCUACCGCGACUUCAUCGCCGCCUUCGCCGGCGCGUGCGGGGACCAUUUGGGUUCGACGGUGGGCGAGCUGCAGGUCGGCCUUGGGCCCUGCGGCGAGCUGCGCUACCCUUCAUACAUGCUCUCAAAGGGCUGGGAGUACCCCGGCGUAGGCCUCGUCAUGGCGUACGACAAGGGCAUGGUCAAGAUGCUGGAGAAGGCGACGAAGGUGAAGCGGCCUCCGCAGGGGCUGCCGAAGGACCAAAAUGCGGGCCCAGACGCUUGUGAAUUUUUUAAGGCGGCGCCCCAGCACGCGCCGCCUGGCCAGGCAACUGAGGCUUUCGCCAAGGGGGAGGGCAGGGCCUUCCUGGAGUGGUACACGAAGGUGCUACUCGAUCACGGGGCCGCGGUGAUGAGGGAGGCUGUAGCGGCGCUGCAGCAGGUGGGACCCGUGGACCCCCAGAAGCUGUGCCUUUCCGCGAAGGUUUCGGGCAUCCACUGGUACUGUCUGCACCCCUCCCGCGCCGCGGAGGCGUGCGCCGGGUACAACAACGCCUAUGGGGCAGACGCCUAUUUCGACAUCGCCCAGAUGCUUUCCUCCGUGGCCGCCCAAGCCGGCCGCCCCGUCCUGUUCAAUUUCACGUGCUUGGAGAUGAACAACUGGAACGUGGGCAUGCCACACACACUCUCCGCCCCGGAGGACCUGAUAGCACAGGUGCGGCGCGCCUGCGUGGCACACAACGUCCCCCUCUCCGGUGAGAACGCCCUCGAAUUCAAUCUGGCAGAUGGCGAUUGGGCGUUCGACCAGAUGAAGAAGCAGCUCCGGGGAUGGUCGGCAGGUCGCGAUGCCAUGCACGGGCUCACCAUCCUUCGGCUGAAGGAAGAGUUUGUCUCAGAGGCCAGCCUCAAGGCGCUGCGGGAGUUCGUGGUCUCUUUUCCUGCAUGAGCAGCUAGAGCCAGAGCUGAGGUGACCAGCGCCCGUGAAUUCAUUCUCCCCUUCUUCCGCUCGUGUGGCCACAAUCAGAUGGUGCACUGAGCACGCAAUUCGCAGGUCUUCAGAUACCUGCCAGUCGCACUGUGCAGGGUGUAGGACGCGUGCGGGUUGGCCCCCGUUGUGCGCAGUGUGCAAGCCGGAUCUAUUGCCGGAGGUGGCCCGGCGUAAUACAGGUGAUCGGAACACAUCUUGCUCGACCAUGGCUCGGAACCAACAGUCAUCCUGGACGCUGUGGUACUUCUUCUCGUGCUUUGUUUGGGGUGCCAACGGGCUCGGGCGACUGGCUUCAAGACUCAGAGGUGAUCUCUGCACGACUAGGUAAUGGCCAGCUUGGCUUCCAAACUGUAAUUUCGUGCACUAACAGUGCAAGCAGUGCACCAUGCGUA